AUGCCAGGCUUGUAUCAUACAGUAGUUUUCGCUAUCGCAGCUACUUUCGCUGCUCACGGUGUUGAACGACUCUGCUCGUCAUCUCCCAACAUUCAGCCUCCAGCUCUAAUCACCAUGGGUCGCUUAGCGGAAAUGCAGAGGAAGCUCUUGGAGCAAAUGAUGGGCCCAGAGGCCAUGGGCGUGGCGAACGCCAACCUCGUGUGGUCGGACGACAAGGUGUGCAGGAACUUCUUGUGUGGAACAUGCCCUCAUGCGCUGUUCACGAACACUAAAAUGGACCUCGGCGCUUGUCCCAAAUCCCACACUGAGCGCCUGAAAACCGACUUCCUUACCGCGAAGGAGCAAAACCCAAGCGACCCCAUAUUCAACCGGUUCCAGAUGGAGUACGAAGCCAACAUCUUUGCCUUUGUGGACGAGUGUGAUCGAAGAAUUCGCGCAGCUCACCGUCGACUGGAGAAGACGCCCGAAGAGAACGCGAAGACGACUAACUUGAUGAGGGAAAUUGCGGAAAUUGAACUUGCCAUUCAAGGAGGAACGGAGAAGAUCGAAACUUUGGGUGAACAGGGGAAAGUGGAUGAGUCCAUGCGCGAAAUGGCAGCUAUUGAGGCACUAAAGAGCGAGAAAGCAGAAAAGGAGCGCGAGCUGCAGCAACUGACAGACACUUCGGGCGCCUCGGGGCACCAGAAGCUACGCGUUUGCGACGUGUGUGGAGCCUACCUGUCUGUGCUUGAUUCUGACCGUCGUCUUGCGGAUCACUUUGGUGGUAAAAUGCAUCUGGGGUACCACGAGCUCCGGAAUAUGCUUUCCAAGUUCAAAGAGGAACGUGAAAAGCGCAAAAUGGCACCCCCCAGCUCCCUGCCGUCAGGUGCUGCAACCCCGUCUGGAGGUGCUUCGCGGACUGGCGAGCACCGCUCUUCUCGCGGAGGUGAUGACUACCGAGACCGGGAUCGUGACCGGGGGUACGACCGGCAACCUUCGAGAUACACUGACGAUAGACGCAGGGAUCGAGAGCGCUCAAGAAGUCCCCGAAGGAGGUACUAG